AUGACGGUCGACGGGUGCUCCAAACUCAUGGUCAUGGAGGUCGACGGGUGCAUCAGUUCCGGCAGGUUCCGCGCCGGAGGCCCCAGCUGGUGCAUCGAGUACUUCCCAUUCGGCGUAGAAGUCGACGAGGACACCGAGUGGGUGACUGUCCACCUUAAUCUCGAUAGCCCUGAUGCUAACGACGAGGACGAAGUGAAUGCGCAGUACAAGUUGACCCUGCUCAACCGCACAGAAGACUACACGGAGGUGAAGGAGCCCAGCACCCCGCAUCUCCUCGAGGACAGCUUCCAGAUCAGGUGCGAAGUCACCGUCGUCAAGGAGAUCACCGCGGCGCGGUCGCCGGACCUGCCCCGGCACCUCGGCGGCCUCCUGGCGAGCUAG